UAAAGCGGGGAAAAGGAAAUUUCUUUUCAAUCCUUUUUCCAAAUACAUUGGGCAAAUCCAACACUAGAAUAGUACUAUAUUAAAUUUAAAGCGUCGACCAGAAGUUUAGGGGGGGAAAGGGAAAAUAUUGAUUGGAGGGUGUAAUAAGUACGAUUUUGUUUUAAAAAAACAUAAAUCGAAUCUAACAAAUCAAAACCGGAAUUUUCCGUUAAUUUUACCGCCAUGGCAAUGCGAAGACGAACCUUGCUCAAGGUCAUUGUUCUCGGUGAUAGCGGGGUGGGUAAGACGUCGUUGAUGAAUCAAUAUGUUCAUAAGAAGUUUAGUCAGCAAUAUAAAGCAACAAUUGGUGCUGAUUUUGUCACCAAGGAACUCCAGAUUGAUGAUCGCCUUGUCACUCUGCAAAUAUGGGAUACUGCAGGGCAGGAGCGGUUUCAGAGUCUCGGAGUUGCCUUCUUUAGGGGUGCAGAUUGUUGUGCGCUAGUUUAUGACGUUAAUGUGAUGAAAUCAUUUGAUAACCUUGAUAAUUGGCAUGAAGAGUUUCUUAAGCAGGCCAAUCCAACUGAUCCCAGGACGUUUCCGUUUAUGUUGCUUGGAAACAAAAUAGAUAUAGAUGGUGGUAAUAGUCGAGUGGUCUCCGAGAAGAAAGCAAAAGAUUGGUGUGCUUCAAAAGGAAACAUACCCUACUUUGAAACAUCAGCAAAAGAAGAUAUCAAUGUUGAUGAUGCCUUCCUUUCUAUUGCCAAAUCUGCUCUAGCAAAUGAGCGUGAGCAGGACAUAUAUUUCCAGGGUGUCCCAGAGGCUGUGACUGAGACCGAGCAAAGAAGUGGUUGUGCAUGUUGAUUACAAACCAAACUCUCAUUAUUGGUGAUCGUCGGAUGCUUCCAUGUUUUCUGGUUUAAUCAUUCUUAACCAUUUUUUUUAAACAUUGCAUUUUGAACGCCGUUGAUCGAAGCAUUACUUGUCAUUGCUUUUGUUUUGGUUUUGGUUGGUAGAGAGGUGAACUUUAAGGGAUGAAAUUUGUAGUAUUCCAGGUCAGUUUAAUUAAGAUUCUGUAGUCUUCCAUUGGGU